AUUCAUUGAUUAGUUUUUUGUAUCUCUGCACACAUCGAUAAUAACAUAUAAUGUGGAGACCAAUCUGUAUUGUUUUGGUGGUUAUAGCUAGUGCAAGUUCUGAACUUUCUGGUUCAGGGGAUAUGCUAGUUUCUAAGGUACUUGGCAAAUGCCAAGAUAUGAAGUGUGUAAAGAAUGAAGUGCUAGAAUACUUAGAUAAUGUCUUGGGAAUACAGACUGAUUCUAGAAGCUCCAAGAAUAUUGACAAUGCAAUUUUCAAACGCGUCGAACGUGUUUUGAAAACACAAGAGUUUCGAAUGAGGGUACCUGAGCUAUUAGCCGAAAGCACCGAAAUCGUAUAUAACCCUAGAAGUGGCGUUGACAUAGUGACAGACGAAAAUGAAUCCAGGGGAAUAUUAAAGAAAAAACUAUUGCUGCCUUUUUUGCUGCUUUUCAAGCUCAAGACAAAACUUCUUAUGCCAAUCUUCGUUGCUCUAGCCAGUUUGAAAGCUUUCAAAGCACUAAUUCUUUCAAAAUUAGCCAUCAUUUUGGUAUUAGGAUUUAUAAUUUAUCAGUUGUGUGUCAAAUCAGGAAUGCCGAUGCCAAUGAUGACUAUGUCACCUGUGCCAGAACCACCAAUGACAGCCUAUGGUCCUCCCCUAUCAGGUCCUUCUACAGCUACGCCAAGUUCCUAUGAACCAGGUUGGGAACCAAAUGCUGGGGGACCCUAUUCUAGAGUAUGGACAUCUUCCAAUAAUGAUGCUCAAAAUCUAGCAUAUUCUGGAUAUUAUUCAGGAGCUUCAAUUUCAUCUGGGUCUUCUACAAUUAGGCCUUAAAAUAUGAACGUUUAAAUUUUAUUUAUUUAUUUAAUAAAUGCUUUAAUAUAUUUUUUUUAUUUUGCAA